AUGAAGUUUACCAGUAUUGCUUUGGCCGGUGCCGCUGUUGGCCUUGCCCAAGCUAGCCCAGUCACUAAGCGUGCAAUCAGCGAUGCCGACAUCCUCAACUACGCGUUGACUCUCGAGCACCUCGAGGCUGCUUUCUACGAGGAAGGUCUUAAGAACUACACCCAAGCCGACUUUGUCAACGCUGGACUCAAGGAUCCCUUCUAUGCCAACCUGCAGGAGGUUGGCAAGGACGAGCAGUCCCACGAGGCAUUCCUCACUUCGGCCCUGAAGGGUAUGUUCUACGAACUUGACGGCGAUGGUCUGACCCUCUCUACAUUUACUCACCAAUAUCUAGCUGCCGGUGCAUCCCCCGUUGCACGAUGCAAUUACUCUUUCCCUGCUACAGAUGCGAAGUCGUUUGCUAGCCUCGCUAGUGUGUUGGAGGGUGUCGGUGUCAGCGCCUACCUAGGUGCCGCUGCCAGCAUCAUGAACGAGACAUACCUCACUGCGGCCGGCAGCAUCCUCACUGUUGAAGCCCGUCACAGUGCCUACUUGCGUGCUGCCCUUGGCGAGGCCCCCCUCCGCCCAGCCCUUCGACAAUCCCCUCGAUUUCAACGAAGUCUCCCCGUCAAGGCGUUCCCCACCCUCACCAUGACCUCAACCAGUACCGCUAUGACUGGAUCUCAGGUUCAGCUCAUGGCCGGCGCAGGCAUGAACUCCUCUGACGCAAGUGGCCUCUUUGCUGCCUUUAUCACCGUCACCGGUCCCGUCUGGGCCCCUGUCACAUCCAGUGGAAGCGGCAAAUAUACCGUCACUAUCCCCAUGGGUAUUGCAGGCCAGAGCUAUGUUGUUCUUACCAAGGACAACAAGCAGGCCACGGACGACAACAUCGUUGCCGGUCCCGCUAUUAUUGAGGUUGGACAAAAGAUGGGAGCUAUGGGUAGUAUGACAACACCUACUUCGUCCAUGACUGGUCCUAUGAGUAGCACUUCACCGUCGAAGUCGGCCUCUUCUACUCCCAUGUUCAACGGGGCCAAUGACAAGAAGGUCGGGUUGGCUGGUGUGACGGGCGCGGGUCUUUUAGCUGCGGUCGCCAUGUUGGUUUAA